AUGAUGAGGACAGGACUGACCCUCAAGUCGGCCCCUGCAGACCCAGACCCCUGCAGCUGUGGCCCCUACAGACCCAGACCCCUGCAGCUGUGGCCCCUGCAGACCCAGACCCCUGCAGCUGUGGGCCCUGCAGACCCAGACCCCUGCAGCUGUGGGCCCUGCAGACCCAGACCCCUGCAGCUGUGGGCCCUGCAGACCCAGACCCCUGCAGCUGUGGGCCCUGCAGACCCAGACCCCUGCAGCUGUGGCCCCUGCAGACCUAGAACCCUGCAGCUGUGGGCCCUGCAGACCCAGACCCCUGCAGCUGUGGCCCCUGCAGACCUAGAACCCUGCAGCUGUGGCCCCUGCAGACCCAGACCCCUGCAGCUGUGGCCCCUGCAGACCCAGACCCCUGCAGCUGUGGCCCCUGCAGACCCAGACCCCUGCAGCUGUGGCCCCUGCAGACCCAGACCCCUGCAGCUGUGGCCCCUGCAGACCCAGACCCCUGCAGCUGUGGGCCCUGCAGACCCAGACCCCUGCAGCUGUGGCCCCUGCAGACCUAGACCCCUGCAGCUGUGGCCCCUGCAGACCCAGACCCCUGCAGCUGUGGGCCCUGCAGACCCAGACCCCUGCAGCUGUGGCCCCUACAGACCCAGACCCCUGCAGCUGUGGCCCCUGCAGACCUAG